GGCUAAGUUCGGGUGUAACCGCACAUUUUAUACUCUCGCAAUUUAUUUAUUUAAUUUUAUUAAUAUAACUGACAGAUUCCGCAUAUAUGUAUAUAUGGUAUAAAUCCAUUGAAAGUUUCAAACCCCGAACAUUAGGUAUAUUAAAGGAAGUAUAUUAGGGAAGUUAUGACCCGAUUUCACUCAUUGCACGGAUAGAUAUUAUUAGAAGAAAAAUAUUCCCUCUGAAUUUCUUCAAAAUAUCUGAGAGAUUCACCUAUAUUUUCGGUAAAAAAAUUAUUCGAAGCUCUGAGGUCCUCAUAUAUGGGACCUUGAAUAUUUAUGGUCCGAUUUUGGCGAUUUUUAGAAGGGCGAUGCCACACUAUAAAUGUAGUAUUUGUGCAAAGUUCUAAAGUUCUGUUCCGAUAUAUUCAGUAGUGCUUACUUUAUAUAUUGUAAAGUAAACGAUUCAGAUCGACUUCAAAGUUCUUGUAUAUAGGAAGUAGGCGUGGUUGUGAACUGAUUGGGCUUAUUUUCACAGCAUAUCAUUGGGAUACAAGGAAAAUUUUACAAACCAGAUUUUAUUGAAAUUGUUCGAGUAGUUUCGUAGAUAUGGUUUUUGACCCACAAGCGGAACCACGCCCAUUUAAAUUGUUUUAUACCAUUUUGAGUGCAGCUCUUCUGUACCUUCUUUGUAAUGAAAUUUAAGGCCUCUGGUGGUUUUCCUCACUGAAUUAAAGCAUUUUUAGUAGUUUUCAACUUUGUAUGGGAGGUGGGCGUGGUUAUAGUCUGAUUUCCUCCAUUUUUGGACUGUAUAAGGAAAUGCCUGAAAAAAAACGACUCUUGAAAGUUUCGUUAAUAUAGCUUUAGUAGUUUACGAGAUAUAUACAAAAAACUUAGUAGGGGACUUUUCCCAAAAAAUUACAUCCAAAUAUGCCCCUUCCUAGAACAAUCGUUUGUACCAAAUUUUUUAUGGCUUAGUUAUAGCACUAACGUUCUUAUGGUGCCAAGGACCACGUGUUCCAAGUUUCAUUAAGAUAUCUCAAUUUUUACUCAAGUUACAGCUUGCACGGACGGACGGAGAGACGACAGACAGACAUCCGGAUUUUUUACACGUCACCCUGAUCACUUUGGUAUAAUAACCCUAUAUCUAACUCGUCUAGUUUUAGGAUUUACAAACAACCGUUAUGUGGAUAAAACUAUUAUACUCUCUUAGCAACUUUUGUUGCGAGAGUAUAAAGACUAUAAUAAUGACCUAUGAACUUUUUCCUGUAAAUAUCUUAACAAUGCAAUUUGUUGUGGUGUUAGUCUUAAUUCCCGUGAUUUGAUGGGAAAAUUGUCUCUACAAUAAGUUAGUAUUUUCCCGCAGCCAGACAACUUCAUUGAUGGUGUACUUUUUUGUAAUCUAGUUUUAGAUAUCUUUCAAUUACAUUGAACUUAUUAACUACACUCAAGAUGGGUUACUUUUUUCCUAUUAUAAAAAAAGUGAAGUACUUUCAUAUGUUCAUAAACACACAUGUAUACGCUCCAAUACUCAGUUAUUUCCUAUAUCCAAACUCAAAUGUUAAUUUGUAAAUACUAACUUGAAACAAUUGAAGAAUCCCCUUUGAAUUUGUAAACAAUUUGUGGCCAACAUAUCGCUUCUUUGUUUCCUCUGACUCAGAGCAGGGAAACGCGCUUAGGGAAAUCACUUGAUAAUCGCACACUACACGCGCUCUCGCUUAUAAAAAUCAAAGCGAGUUAAUGAACUGCCAACUAUCACAGCUCAACCGCAGUAGCAACGACACGCUUAAAGCGCGCAAAAUAUUCAAUAAAUUCAAAAAAACUAAAAGAAAUUAACCAAACUUAAAUCCAAAAUGAAUUUCCGUGGUGUCUUCAUUGUUCUCGCUGUUCUUAUGGCAAUCUUUGCAGGGCAAACUGAAGCCGGUUGGCUAAAGAAGAUUGGCAAAAAAAUUGAACGCGUUGGCCAACACACACGAGAUGCCACCAUACAGACACUCGCUGUGGCUCAACAGGCUGCCAAUGUUGCUGCGACGCUGAAGGGUUAGGUGGAUGGAGGAAUUUAUUAUUAGGUUAAAUAUAAUAUAAUAGUAUUAAUAUUUAUUCAUUAAAUAAUAAUAAA